AAUCUUUGCCAGUUCACGUUAAAGUAGCAAACAACAUGGAACAGUUGUCAAGCUCGAAAAUUACUCUUAUUGUACCAAAACAACAUGUCAAGACUGUGAAACAGGCGCUCGAACGGGCUGGUCAGCUUGACCGGAGUAGCAAAAUCACUCCCGAGUCACCGAACAAGAAAGAACACACAUCCCCCAGGAAUGUUGGACCAUCAAGCUCCUCACAGCAGACACAAUUCCCAGAGCUAUGUUCCGAUGCGAUCGGUGGCCGUUACAUCUACCCGGAAUCUUUCCAAGACGAUUUUCAACUCGAAGACCAGAUAAGAACCUAUCAGAGUUCGAGCCACACGACCACAACCCUUUGUGAUUCGAGUGACCGAGUAUCUGGAAGCAAGGAACAGCAACGCAUAGUGUUGCAAGAUCUUGGCCUCAGCGCAUUAUCUCAGGACGUUUCAAUCUCACACGAUGCCCCUGUCACGACCUUGGCCCCAAGACGAACAAAUCGGAAUCCAGUUCACAAAGCUCUGGAGGAGUCUCUUACUUCCUUCCUUGGAUUGUUGCCUUCAUCGCAAGCACUUACCGUUGAAGCGCUCGUCUCCAAUUUUCCAGAAGGAUAUUCUGUCUACAGUCCAAUGCUUCUCCUUCCACACAAUGCCUUUUCCUCCGCCCCGUGGAAAAGCCUCAUUGCCACGCAUUCAGUGAACUCAGACGCGAUGAUAUCAUUAUGGCAGAGUAUGGCAAAAGCAGUAGGCGCAACACAUGUCGCCAUAAACUCUCCCAUACCACUUUCAACCAGGACCACGGUAGCAUCGUCAGCCGAAAUGACCAAUUCAGAAAACAUACUUCGUAGCCCAGUCAAUUUAACACCCCUAUACGGAGACUUUGGAAGUACGCCAACGCCACAAACAAUAUCUAACCCCACCGCAACCGACUUUGCCAACGCUUUAUGGGUGACUGCACGCCAGAACGGGAUUUGGCAAACCUGGGCUCCGCUCUAUACAAUGUUCAGCCGUGGCAACGUUCGUGAGAAGGCGCGAAUCUUGAAUCUGCCUACUCUCACUACUGGUCUUGACACUGCAUCCGCGGCUGUCGACCUCUAUGCUGGAAUCGGCUACUUUGCUUUCUCAUACAGGAAGAGUAGUCAAGCAUUGGAGAAAGGCAUCAAGCAAGUCUUGUGCUGGGAGAUCAAUCCCUGGAGCGUAGAAGGGCUACGAAGAGGUGCAGAGAUGAAUAAAUGGACAUGUCGAGUGCUUAAACAAGAAGACAUUCUGCGGCUACGACAAAGGGGCCAACCUGACCACUCUGAUCUCGACGAUGCAGACUUUGUGGUCCUCGAGACAAGCAACGAGGCCGCUGACCUGGACUACCCGUCACUUCGGUCGCCAAGAUUACCGGUUCGGCAUGUCAAUCUCGGCUUGCUGCCUUCUUCCAAGCUCUCGUGGCGUGUUGCGGUCGCUAUGCUCGAUACAAAACGACAAGGAUGGAUUCAUGUGCACGAAAACGUUAAUGUCAAAGACGUUGAAAGCAUGAAAAAUGAAGUAGAAAAGACAUUCCAGGAUUUACUAUACACCAUCGACGGCGGACUUGAGAGACGGGUCUGUGUGGUUCAUGUGGAGAGGGUGAAAAUGUACGCCCCGGGUGUUGUGCAUUGUGUGUUUGACGUAUGCGUGGGGUGA